GGCUUUUGCUGAGGUCUGUGUGACUGUGCUGAAAGUCCUCUGCCCUUUGGGUCCCAGUGCCCGGGCUCUCUAAAGGCACUGCUCAGUGUUUUAACCUAAGCAAUAGCAGCCUCGGGGCAAAUGAGCCACCUACAGUGCCUGCCCCCCAGCCUGGUUCCUGGGGAGAUGGAGACCCCCAGGAUGGUGGGGAAGAAGCGAGGGCGGCCCCCACUCCAGCCAGCACCCAUCAAAGUGGCAGCACACAACCUCUACUCAGCACCAGCUGGUGCUUUGCCCGUCAUGAAGAUCCCAAAGAAGAGAGGAAGAAAACCUGGGUACAAGCUGAAGUCUCGUGUUCUGAUGACUCCCUUAGCAAUCUCUCCACCGAGAAGCACACCGGAGCCAAAUAUCAGUUCAAUACCCCAGGAUGCAGCUACGAUACCCAACUCAGCCACCCCACAGGCUCUCACAGUCUGUAUUUAUGUCAACAAACAAGCGAACCUGGGGCCUUACCUUGACAGAAAAAAAGUGCAGCAGCUGCCAGAGCACUUUGGACCAGAGCGACCAUCAGCGGCCCUGCAGCAAGCUGUUCAGGCCUGCAUCGACUGUGCGCUCCAGCAAAAGGUGGUCUUCUCACUCAUCAAGCAGGGCUAUGGAGGAGAGACGGUGUCAGUUUCCGCUUCUUUUGAGGGGAAGCAGCAUCUCUUGAACCUGCAGAUAGUGAACAGCAUCGGGUAUGUCCUGCGCUUCCUGAAGAAACUCUGUCGCAGCCUCUUGUGUGACAAUCUCUUCAGCAACCAGCCUUUCCAGCAGUACAAUGCCAUGUCGGAAAGCCCAGAGGUGUAUGAAAACAGACGGAUGGAGGCAGAAACAGUUACACCUGAGGACUACCUGGUUGAUCCCGCAAACAUGAAGCGGUACAGCGUGGAUCCUGCUGAUUCUGCCUUCAGUUGCAUGGGCUCCAUGUACACCAUGCGACAGAAUCCUGCGGAUGCAUAUCCUGCUGGAGCCUCCUCUUCCUCCUGUAGCCAUCGUCCUGCCCAAAUGUCUUCAGGGGGUUCCUCAUCUGCUGGCCUGCGGCAUCAGAACUCAAGCCCAAAGAAGAAUGGGAGCUAUAUUGAAGGAAACAGAAGUGCCUCAAGCCCUUCACCAGAACAAGAUGCAGCUCGGCCAUCAAGCAAGAAUCCUUUGACCUGGACAGUGGAUGAUGUGGUUUGGUUUGUGAAGGAUGCAGACCCUCAUGCUUUAGGUCCCCACGUGGAGCUCUUCAGAAAACACGAGAUUGAUGGCAAUGCUUUGUUGCUGCUGAAAAGUGACAUGAUCAUGAAAUACCUGGGGCUGAAACUGGGACCCGCGCUGAAACUGUGUUACCACAUUGAUAAGCUCAAGCAAGCAAAGUUCUAACAAUUUCUUGAAAAACCACAGCACCUGACCUAAAUCUAGGCGGAAAACUAAAGAGGGAGCAGCCCUAAUAGACUUGAGGCUGGAGCUCUGAUGCCAUGGUGCUUUCUGUCUGAUGAGCUUUGACCAUCAUGACUCUCCUAUGAGCACAUCCAUAAAUACUGACAAGGAAUCACAGGUACGGAGCAGAAUAAGCCUCUCACUGUUUACAGAUAAAUAAUUCAAGAAAAGCUCAAAUGCAGAGAGUGUUUCUGGCAGGAUGUUUCCCAUUAUGCCGAAGAGGGAGUGGAUGGCUCCUGCGGUGUCUGGUGCACUCAGCUGUUAGCUCCCUUCCCUGAGCCAUUUCUGUCUGGUGCACAGUUUGUGGCACUUAAAGAAAAAGCAGAAUUUCUGGGGUUGGUUUUGUUUGCUUUUUUAAAAACCAAGGGAGCCAAAUAGGAGCAUUCGCCAGGUGCAGCUGGUGAUGCAGGGCACCUCUCUGCACUUUGCAGCAAUGAUCAUG